AUGGCAGAUACCCCGGCCUCUGAACGCCGUACGCGUGCCACAAACGCUUUUAAGCGUCCAGGUCUACCCGACCUCGAGAACAAGGUCAAACGGCGCACCAAGGAAGAGAUGGCCCAGGCCAAACAGGCAGAAGACACUGCGCAGAAGGCUGCCGCGCAGGCGCGUGCUAGAACUAUCCAGAAUGUUGCGACGGUUCAGCAUGAUAUGCAGCAACGUGACGCUGAAGAACAGGCCCAACGCAUCCUACCUCCGAAGUAUGCUGUGAAACGGUCGACCCGUUCCGACAGCAACACUGGAAAAGACACCGCGGGCAUCAACGCGUCCCCGGGUCAAGGGGGACUCGGAGUGAAUGCCAUUCCUGGAGACGAUUCUGCGGCCAUGAAUGACAAGAUCUCCGACAGUGAGAGUGCAGAUACACCCCUUCAGGCACAGAAGGCCCCGUCAAAGAAGAAGAAAAGGGCGAAGAAAGUCACCCGGUCAGACAUCGACAACUUUCCCCUGGCCGAGACCCAAGUUCCGACAUCUGUCGGAGUUACGCCAGCGGUGGCGGCCCGUGCUGGAAAGCCGAAGGAUGUCAAUGAGCCUCAGGCUGGCGCGUCCGGGAAACGCAAGUUGGCCCCAUCGACUGGCACAUUGCCCAUGGCGCUGGCGUCUCCAAUUGAGCCGAGUGCGAAGAGGCUCAAGCCGGCACACCCCUCAGGGAUGCUCGUGUCGUGGAAAGGACUCCAGGGAAAAUUGCCUGUCACACCACCGUCACUGCCGCCCCAGCCUGCAACCGCCACGCGUAGUGUUCCAGCGCCUGCUGACAGUCACGGCCCUGAGAAGUCUACCAGGCCCCGCCGCCGACAGGCUCCGAUUACCGAUCCCAAUGAUGGGCCCACCGACAAGGAGCCUGCUCCACAGCACCCAGUCCAUGGCGAGGCGAUUGGUGAAUCUGGUACGGAAGGCUUUGAAUCGAGCAACAACUCCAUAGAUAGUGGUGUCGAUGAAGAGCCCCGUCGCACCGCUCAGGCGAGUGGUCUGAAUUGGUCGUUCUUCAUUGACUUACUAUGCAUAUUGUCAGGGCAUCGUUGGUCCUAA